GGCGGCGGCCCCCGCAGCAACUGCUGUGGACGCUGAAGCGUGCUCCAGUCUAUUCACAGCAGUGCCUCGUGCUGUCCCGAAGUCUCAGUUCUAUGGGAUAUGACCCUCAAGAGAAAACUUUUGAUAAAAUUCUCAUUGCUAACAGAGGAGAAAUUGCCUGUAGGGUCAUUAGAACUUGCAAGAAGAUGGGCAUCAAGACAGUUGCCAUUCACAGUGAUGUUGACGCCAGUUCCGUUCACGUGAAAAUGGCGGAUGAGGCUGUCUGUGUUGGCCCAGCUCCCACCAGUCAAAGCUACCUCAACAUGGAUGCCAUCAUGGAAGCCAUUAAGACAACCAGGGCCCAAGCUGUACACCCAGGGUAUGGAUUCCUGUCAGAAAACAAAGAGUUUGCAAGGUGCUUGGCAGCAGCAGAUGUCACUUUCAUUGGACCUGAUACUCAUGCAAUUCAAGCCAUGGGUGACAAGAUAGAAAGCAAACUAUUAGCCAAGAGGGCAAAGGUCAACACAAUCCCUGGUUUUGAUGGGGUAGUGAAGGAUGCAGACGAAGCUGUCAGAAUUGCAAGGGAAAUUGGCUACCCUGUGAUGAUCAAGGCCUCAGCAGGUGGCGGUGGGAAAGGCAUGCGCAUCGCUUGGGAUGACGAAGAGACCAGGGAUGGUUUUAGAUUUUCAUCCCAGGAAGCUGCUUCUAGUUUUGGUGAUGAUAGACUACUGAUAGAAAAAUUUAUUGAUAACCCUCGUCAUAUAGAAAUCCAGGUUUUAGCUGAUAAACAUGGCAAUGCUCUGUGGCUUAAUGAAAGGGAAUGCUCGAUCCAGAGGAGAAACCAGAAGGUGGUAGAAGAAGCUCCAAGCAUUUUUCUGGAUCACGAGACUCGCCGAGCAAUGGGAGAGCAGGCUGUGGCUUUGGCUAAAGCUGUGCAGUAUUCCUCUGCUGGAACUGUGGAAUUUCUCGUAGACUCCCAGAAGAAUUUUUACUUCUUGGAAAUGAAUACAAGACUCCAGGUUGAGCACCCUGUCACAGAAUGCAUUACCGGCCUGGACUUAGUCCAAGAAAUGAUUCGUGUUGCUAAGGGUUACCCUCUCAGGCACAAGCAAGUGGAUAUUCCCCUCAGUGGCUGGGCAGUUGAAUGUCGGGUUUAUGCUGAGGACCCCUACAAGUCUUUUGGCUUACCAUCUAUUGGGAGACUGUCUCAGUACCAAGAACCGACACAUCUACCUGGUGUCCGAGUUGACAGUGGCAUCCAGCCGGGAAGUGAUAUCAGCAUCUAUUAUGACCCCAUGAUAUCAAAACUAAUCACAUAUGGGUCUGACAGAGCAGAAGCACUGGAGAGGAUGGAAGCUGCACUGGAUAAUUACGUGAUCCGAGGUGUUACACACAACAUCCCAUUGCUACGUGAGGUGAUAAUCAACACACGCUUUGUGAAAGGGGAUAUCAACACCAAAUUUCUCUCUGAUGUGUAUCCUGAUGGCUUCAAAGGACACACGUUAACACAGAGUGAGAGAAACCAGUUAUUGGCCAUAGCAUCAUCAUUGUUUGUGGCAUCCCAGUUACGAGCACAGCACUUUCAAGAGCAUUCAAGAGUGCCAGUUGUUAGAACAGAUGCGGCUAAGUGGGAGCUCUCAAUAAAGUUACAUGACGAAGAUCACACUGUCGUGGCAUCCAGCAGUGGGUCCACAUUCACUGUGGAAGUUGAUGGGUCGAAACUAAAUGUGACCAGUACGUGGAACCUGGCCUCACCCUUAUUGUCUGUCAACGUUGAUGGCACGCAGAGGACUGUACAGUGUCUGUCUCGAGAAGCAGGUGGAAGCCUGAGCCUUCAGUUUCUCGGCACAGUGUACAAAGUGCACAUUUUAACCAAACUUGCCGCAGAACUGAACAAAUUCAUGCUUGAGAAGGUGGCAGAGGACACAAGCAGUGUUCUGCGCUCCCCAAUGCCUGGAGUAGUGGUGGCCAUUUCUGUCAACCCCGGAGACAUGGUAGCAGAAGGCCAGGAAAUCUGUGUGAUUGAAGCUAUGAAAAUGCAGAACAGUAUGACAGUCGGGAAGAUGGGCAAGGUGAAAUCGGUGCAUUGCAAAGCUGGAGACACAGUUGGUGAAGGAGAUCUGCUGGUGGAGCUGGAGUGAAGUAUUCCGAGCCUUUCAGUCAUCUCUGCUUUAAUUAGCAUUUCUAUUAUUCUCCAGCCCUCAGUUUGUUCAAGCGCAUACAGGAGCACUCCUGUGUGGCAGGUUCUACAGCAUCGUAUUUAUUCCUCACAAGAGGCAACACUGACGUUCUGCCAAAAAAUCACCAAUGGAAAAUUUUAUUGAUAUAAAUACUUGUACAUAUGAUUUGUACUUCUGCUGGGAUUUCCUAGUGUCAAAAUUAAAUCAAUAAAACCAAGCACUUGUCUAAAUAUUA